AUCUACCACCAGAAACCAAUCUAUCCUCAUAAGUUCAACUCUCUUCGCCAUCCUCACAAAACCCUAAGAAAAUGUCGAAUCCGAAAUGGGGUAUUGUGCUUUAUAUGUAUAUUUUCAUCAUCAAGCUCUACAUUGGCAGUUGCAGCACUAGUUUUUCUUCAGACCCAAUUGCCCAGCAACAAUUGGACCGAGUUUUACACCUUCCGGGUCAAGACUUCAAUGUCAGCUUUGCACACUACUCUGGCUAUGUAACAGUUAAUGAGGAAUCUGGGAGGGCACUGUUUUACUGGUUCACCGACGCCGCUGAUGACCCAUCUUCCAAACCUCUAGUUCUCUGGCUCAAUGGAGGGCCUGGAUGUUCAUCAAUUGCAUAUGGGAUGGCUGAGGAAAUCGGACCUUUUCAUAUUGAGAAGGAUGGGAAGACACUUUAUUUAAACCCGAAUGCCUGGAAUGAAGUUGCUAAUUUAUUAUUCGUGGACUCUCCUGUCGGAGUUGGUUUUUCAUAUUCAAACACUUCCUCCGAUCUGCUAAGCAAUGGAGAUAAAAGGACUGCUGCGGACUCUCUAGCAUUUUUAUUGAAGUGGUUUGAGCGUUUUCCCCAGUACAAAGGAAGGGAUUUCUACAUCACUGGAGAGAGUUAUGCAGGACAUUAUGUUCCUCAGCUAAGCCAGGCAAUUGUGAGGCACAACUCAGCAGCUGGGGAAAAAACAAUCAAUUUAAAGGGUUACAUGGUGGGAAAUGCUUUAACUGAUGAUUACCACGACCACUUGGGACUUUUUGAGUUUAUGUGGUCAGCUGGUAUGAUUUCAGAUCAAACGUACAAGAAGUUGAAUAUUUUCUGUGACUUCCAGCCAUUUAUUCGCUCCUCAGAGCAGUGUGAUAAGGUUCUGGAUAUAGCUGACGAAGAAAUUGGAAAUAUUGAUGCAUAUAGCAUCUUCACUCCUCCUUGCACUGCCAAUUUUAACUUAUCAAAUCGGCUAUGGAAAAGAUGGCGGACGGUUGGCCGCAUCAGCCAGAAGUACGAUCCAUGCACUGAGAAGCAUUCAGUUAUGUACUUCAAUCUACCUGAGGUUCAAAAUGCACUUCAUGUUUAUCCUGGAGGCGCACCAUCAAAAUGGGAUACCUGCAGCGACGUGGUAGGUCUUAAUUGGAAAGAUUCUCCUAAAUCAGUGCUGAACAUCUAUCGUGAGCUUAUACGUUCAGGGCUUCGUAUUUGGAUAUUCAGUGGCGAUACAGAUGCUGUAAUCCCAGUUACAUCGACCCGCUAUAGUAUAAAAGCUCUCAGGCUCCCGACUGUUGGUCCAUGGCGUGCUUGGUAUGAUGAUGGACAGGUGGGAGGAUGGACCCAGGAGUAUGAAGGGCUUACUUUUGUUACAGUGAGGGGUGCAGGUCAUGAAGUCCCUCUACAUAAACCCAAACUGGCUCUUUCACUCAUUAAAUCCUUCUUAGCAGGAAACUCAAUGCCAAAAUUGGAACUAGUCAGCGACGCAUAAAAUUCACACGUUUCUCCAUUGGUGCUGCUUUCCUGAAAUGGAACAAAGAAAUUUGUUUUUCCUCCAAGAAAGAAAGAUUGCAGCGGAUGUAAUGUUGAUAUAGAACCACAGAAUAAAUGUUUUUAAUCCAAGUAAUAACAAUUAUGAGCAUAUGUAAUGAUAUUUCUUGGCUUGAAUAAAAGCUCACUUUGGGGGCCAAUUGGGGUUAGGUUGCGAAGCUACCCAGUAAUUCACAGUGUCUCAACUUCACUUCUAUGUACUAGACACAGCGUUAAUAUACAGGAAAUUGUGCUUA